UUGCUUGAUCCGUUUGGUCGUUGGUGCGGCUCCUCCUGGCAAGCAUUCAUCACAUAGGUCCUACCUCAAGGUGCUUGCAGGAGGGAUUCAUUUCGCUUCCUUCCGCGUCCAAUGUUCUUCUGAAGCAUUUUGCCGUCAGCAGAAAUAUGUGCACAACCUUUGAUGCGCCGUCCAGACACUGAGAAUCGGUGGGGAGGUCUUUACCUUACCAGAAGGACUUUGUUGCCGCGAUCCUCAUGUGCAUUACUUGCAGCAUAGAAUUUGGGCGGAACCUGUUUCUCUGAACCCCAGCAACUAUUACGUUUGUUGUAAAGGUCCUUUCAGGAAGGUCUUGUCAAAGAGUCCAUCUGCUGAGCACGAAGCGAGCUCUGAGGUGAACUAAGGGCGGUGUGUCAUGGAGGCCUGCACUCAGCGGCUCGUCUCCCCAGGCCACUUGGGCACGUUAACCAGGAGGGUUAGCAGCGGCUUGUCCCACCUAAACUACAGCGCCUUUCUGCCUACAAUUCCUUACCAUCUCAGAAGCAGUCGUCCGGCCCAUCCCCUUCGGAAGCCGAUGUGCAUCACUUCCGUUUUAGCCCGUGAACCUGCGUCUCAAUCAAGGCAGGGGGAGUUGCAGUCGAACCCUCUCUUCUGGUCAGACAGCCCCUUCCAAGAAGCAGAACGUCCUGCUUUAGAACCAGCCCAAAAGACCCCCGCAGCGCUUACCUCGGUGGACCUCAUUCUGAACAAACACGAAGCCACAGCUGCACUAGAGCAAGUCCUCCAACUGCCCGACCCUCUUCCCCAAAGUACCGCUAGAACCGCUCCCCUAAUAACGCACCAUUAUGCAGACGUUUUUCACGGUGCGACGAAGCUGCGCGUCAACAGCGACGGCUCUCUCGAGCUGUACCGAAGCAAGGAAGGACAGGAGCUCUUUGUCGCCUCGGGGCGGGUACAGCUGCCAAAAAGUGCGGCCGCCGUUUGGACAGCCGAGGUGCUUUCGGACGGCGCAAUGGACGUUCGGUGGGGAGAGAUUGGCACUCUGAGAGUGGUCCCCGUCGGCGCUGAGGUGGCGGGCGCGGCCAAUCAAGAAGCGGGCUGGGCGGCGGACUUAGAAGAGGGCUUUGUCCUGGAAUGGAGUGUCAAGAACGAGCCCAGCACCGACCACAUGGCGGAAGUGACACUAGAUAUGCACACGGCGGGCCACUGGUUUGGGGGGGGGCAUUUCAUGCGGCAGCACUGGCCCCUGAACCUGGGCGCCUUCGAAGUCGGGCCGUUCUUUCCGUUCGACAACGGGCCGAACGGGCUCAACACGCUGACGUCACCUCAUUGGGUCACCAGCAAGGGCCUGCUCGUCCUCGCAGACUCCGAGACCCCCUUCCUGCACGUGGGCAUGAACGCCCCACUGUCCGGCGAGCAUGGCGACUGGAUCGAGCGCGUAUGGGGCGUCGGAGUCCAAAACCUCUCGCGCGAGUACCUCCCGUCCCCCUGCCAAGGCCAUGGCGACGGACUCCUCCGAAUCCAGGCGCGAAACUCGUACAAGUGUCACAAGAUGCUGCACCCGCUGAGAGAUUGGAUUCCGCCUCAGUGGAGAGACGAGGAGCGGAGCGGCGGGGGGAGGUUGAGCGUCAAGUUUGCGCUGUGCGCGCAUAAGAACGUGCGGGACGCGACGCUCGCGAGUCUGAAGACGAUGAAGAAGCCGCCGAACCCGCCCCCCCAGGAGAUGGUGCGCGCGCCGAUAUGGACGACGUGGGCGCGGUAUCAUGCCAAGGUCACUCAGGAGAAGGUGGAGAAGUACGCGACCGAGAUUGUGGCGCGCGAUAUGGACCGUUCGAUCAUGGAGAUCGACGACCGGUGGCAGCGCAAAUACGGCGACUUUGACUUCGACUCGGACAAGUUCCCAGACCCAAAGGCGAUGGUGGAUCAUCUGCACGCGCUGGGCUUCAAGGUGACGCUCUGGAUCAUGCCGUUCGCCGAGGAGGACUCCAACGCCUACCGAGAAGGGGGCCCGCUGGGUUACUUCAUUUCCGCCGACGCCGUAACCAAGGGCCUCAAACCGGGUUUCUUCCGCUGGUGGCAACCCAAACCCGCGGUCGCCCUAGACGUCACAAACCCCGACGCGGUCCGGUGGUUUGUCCGGCGACUCAAGAAACUGCAGACCGAUUAUUCGAUUGACGGGUUCAAGUUCGAUGCGGGGGAGCCGUGCUUCUUACCGCCCAUGUUCAAGACGUUCAAGCCCAUCAUGAGCCCGCUCGAGUAUACGAGGUUAUACGUCCAGGAGGUGGCGUCAGCAUUCCCGCUUGCUGAGGUGCGCACGGGCCAUAAGACCACAAACGUGCCGCUGCUGACGCGGAUGGGCGACCGCUUCUCCACAUGGAGCUCCGGGAACGGCCUCCGGAGCGUCAUCCCGACGCUGCUGACGUCAGGCCUGCUGGGAUACCCCUUCUGCCUGCCGGAUAUGAUCGGGGGGAACGCCUACUUCGGGCGGAAGCCAGAUGUGGAGCUGCUGGUGCGAUGGGCGCAAGCGAACGCGCUGAUGCCGGCCAUGCAGUUCUCCAUCCCGCCCUGGGACCUGAGCAAGGAGGCGGAUAAGCUAUGCCAAGCGGCGCUGGCAAUCCGCAAGAACGUGCAGCAGCAGAUCUCUACUCUAGCGGAGGAUGCCUGCAAGAACCUGGCGCCCAUCUGCCGGCCCAUGUGGUGGAUGGACCCGGAGGACGAGCAGACGUUCGUCAUCAAUGACCAGUACGCGAUUGGCGAUGACCUCAUUGUAGCGCCGGUGGUAGUCAAGGGGCAGCAGAGUCGGGACGUAUAUCUGCCCAAAGGCCAUUGGUGCGAUUUAUUGAACCCGGACGAGGUGUACGAGGGGGGGCAGUGGCUGCGGGACAUUCCCACCCCCAUCACGAAGCUGCCCAUCUUCCGGAGGGUGACGUCACCUGCUGACGUGGCGGCGAAGGUGGGCGAGUCGGCCUUCCCAUUGGACGGCUUGGCGAGCCAGCUGAUCAGAGACAUUAGCGUUCCCACCGAGAUUCUGACAGCCGAGUAGAAUAAGAUGGGUCGAAUUGACGUGACGCUUUCCCUACUGGGGGACGAGGGGAUGGAGUAGUGACGAAAGGGGUUAUUAGGCGUUCAUUUUCUGGUCGGAUAAGCGGCCAUGUAAAGUGCACUGUGCAUUAAAUGGAUCUAUAAAAUGUCGACGAAUGUAUGUUACCAGGAACACGAUGAUUGUUGAUAGUGGGGGAACACUAGUGCUCUGAGAGCCCGUUAUUAGAUCUUUCUUCAGACUAAGUAAGCUAGGAGGCCAUUCUUUGUAGGACGCUAUUGUGUGCUGUAGGUAGUAGUCAAUGGCAUUGAUUCUUAUGUUCUGCGUCAAAAAUUUGUGAAUAAU